UUUUUUUUUAAGGUAUCAGAAUUCAGUAGUCAUGGAAAAGUGGUGAUGUGCGGAAGUAAUUGUGCACUUUGGGGUUUUAAUGCAGAAGGUAAAGAUGUUUUUUGGACUGUUACAGGUGCAAACGUUAGUGCCCUGUGUUUUACUGAUAUUGACAACGACGGCAGUAAUGAGGUUGUUGUUGGUACUGAUGAUUAUGAUAUCAGAGUAUUCAAAGAAGAUUUACUGUUGUAUGAACUGAACGAAACAGACGAAAUUAGUUGUCUGUGUAGUCUUGGUAAAGGACGAUUUGCAUAUGGUCUUGCAAAUGGUACACUGGGCGUCUAUGAAGGUGAAACACGUAUUUGGAGGAUUAAAACAAAGAAUCAGCCGGUAGCACUUGCCGUUUUUCCAGACAGCGAUUCUUUGGCCUGUGCUUGGAGUGGCGGAAAGGUUUACAUUUUCAGCUAUUUUAAAAGAUGGCACAUUUUGAUACAAGAGUGUUAA